CAAAGUGCGCAGAUUUUUCGAGAGGAAGAACGUAUUCCGUCAUCGUCACAGCGUUUAUGGUCAAGUGGCAACUAAUACCGCAUUUUAUAAUCGAUUUCCCCAUUUUAAUAAUUCUUUUUUUCCCCUCUUUGGUACAAAGUAUAAAAUUUUUCUAAUAACCAUUUUAAAAAGAAGUUUUUUUGAAAAAAUAUGUCUUGUGACCAUUAGGAAGGAAUCCCGCGGAAAAAAGAAAUGAGAUUUCUUUGUGUCGGCAAAAGGAGAUGCUGAGUGAUGAUGACGGAAUUUGUCGACGGUUGGCUUCUUGGGCAUACCCUGGGCGAAGGUGCCUAUGGAGAAGUUAAACUUGUAAUAAAUAAAGUAACCAGGGAAGCUGUUGCUAUGAAAAUGGUAGAUUUAUCAAAACAUCCAGACGCACGACAAGCAGUCAAGAAGGAAUCGACAAUUCAUAGAAUGUUGUCAAAUCCGAAUAUAAUUCAAUAUUUCGGACAACGUAGCGAGAAAAAUAUGGAAUACAUAUUUUUAGAAUACGCAUCAGGAGGGGAACUAUUUGACAAAAUAGAACCUGACGUUGGUAUGCCGAUAUGGGAGGCACAAAAAUAUUUUCAACAUUUAAUUUCCGCUGUUGAAUAUCUUCAUAGUCGUGGUGUUGCCCAUCGGGAUUUGAAACCAGAAAAUUUACUAUUAGACGAUAAGGAUAAUCUGAAAAUUACCGAUUUUGGAUUGGCGACGAUUUAUCGUAUGCAUGGACGUGAAAGAAAUUUAGAUACAAGAUGUGGAACACUGCCUUAUGUAGCGCCAGAAGUAUUGGAAAGACAGUACAGAGCAGAACCUGCCGAUAUUUGGUCCUGUGGAAUUAUUCUCGUUGCUCUGCUGGCCGGAGAACUGCCUUGGGAUCAGUCCUCGGCAGAUUGUCCAGAAUAUGAAGCUUGGAAAAAUGGGAAAUAUGUGUCGAUGACACCGUGGAAAAAAAUCGACACCUUGUCAUUGUCGUUGAUUCGAAAAAUUCUCGUUCACGAACCAAUGAAGAGAAUUAAAAUUAGUGAAAUUAAAAAACAUCAUUGGUUCAUCAACAAAUUUAGUGAAGACGGGAAUCACGUGGAUCGUGACGUCGUCGAUGGAUUCAGAUCGAAACGGCUUCUCAUUGAGGACGAGGAUAGUUUGACGAAAAUAUGUUAUUCACAACCAGAAAUAAUAGAGAAUAAUAUAAAUUCAAAUACAUUUACGUCGACGGAAUAUCCCAAUUUCUCCUUCUCACAACCAGCUCAUAUGGAAGAUCUUUUGCUUUCCACUCAAUUGCCCAAUACACAGCCUAACACUCAAACUAGUCAGAAUUCCUUCCAGAGACUUGUUCGUAGAAUGACCAGAUUCUUCGUUUCGACUGAAUGUGAUUCGACUGUACAAAAACUAAUGAAUAGCUUAAUGAAGUAUAAUUAUAAUCAUCGCAUGAAUGGUGGAAUAAUCACCAUUUCGACUGUUGAUAGAAGAAAAAUGCCUUUAGUAUUCAAAGCGAGUAUUCACGACAUGGACGGAAGAAUCUUGGUUGACUUCCGUUUAUCAAAAGGCUGUGGUCUUGAAUUUAAGAGAAGGUUCUUAAAAAUCAAAGCUGACCUUAAAGAUAUUAUUACGAGAGGGCCAGUUCCACUAACUGACAUUGCUCUCAGCUCAUAAAAUGAAUUUUUAAUUGUAUGUAAAUUCUCAAACGUGUUUUCAUGUCCAAUCUUUUGAUGUUGUAUUUCGAAGUGAGAUUUUUUUUGUUUUUUUUAAACAUAUAUUUAUUUUACCCAACACGUAUAGAAUAUUGAUUCAUUUCAUCGUAGAUCAAAUAAACAAGGUAUUUUUUAAACAUA